AUGUCUAAUGAUGGUUCAAUGUUAUAUUCCUUUUUGUCUCUUCUAGCAUGUGAUCAACGUGGUCAAUGUCAUUGUAAGCCAAAUUUUAGUGGACGACAAUGUAAUCAAUGUGCACCUGGUUAUUUUCGUUAUCCGGAUUGUGUUCCAUGUUCAUGUGAUAUGCAUGGAUCAUUAGGCUUAAGUUGUGAACAAACAACAGGACAAUGUGUAUGUAAAAGUAAUUUUAUAGGUGUAAAAUGUCAAGAAUGUGCACCGGGAUUAUUUAAUUUUCCUUAUUGUGAGGAAUGUAAAUGUGUUCCAGCUGGUGUACGAAAUGAUUUUCCUGGUUGUGGUCGACAUAAUAUUCCAGGUGUACUAUGUUUAUGUAAACAAAAUGUUGAAGGAAGACAAUGUGAUCGUUGUAAAGAAGGUUUCUGGAAUAUGAAAGCAAAUAAUCCACUUGGAUGUGAACCAUGUGAUUGUUCAGAUGAUGGUACAUUAGCUCAUUUAAAUACUUGUGAUUCAAUUACAGGUCAAUGUCCAUGUAAGUUAACUACGCAAAAUUCUACAACACGUUGUGAUAUAUGUGCUGAUGGUUAUUAUUCAUUAAAACGUAAUGACAUAUUUGGUUGUGAACCAUGUCGAUGUUCACUUGGUGGUUCAUUACAUAGUAUAUGUGAUAAACAAACAGGACAAUGUGUUUGUCGUUCAUCAAUUGUUGGUCGUGAAUGUAAUCAACCAGCAAUUGGACAUUAUUUUGCAACUUUACAUCAUUUACAAUAUGAACUUGAAAAUGGUGUAACAACAAAACAACAAACACCCGUUCGUUAUGAAUUUGAUUUAAAUGAAUUUGAAAACUUUUCAUGGAAAGGUUAUGUUCGAUAUUCAUCAUUACAAUCUGAAAUACAAUUACAUAUACAAUUAAUGAAACCAACAGCUUAUCGACUUUUAAUUCGAUAUAAGACAUAUAAUGGAACAUCAGUUAAUACGAAUAAUUUAGAUUAUAAAAUGCCUCAAAUCAAUGUUAAUUUUGCAUCAGUACGAGAAACUGGACAAACAGCACCACAAACAUUUGAUAUUGAUCUUCCACAAUCUGAUCGUCAAGCAACAUAUGCUACUGCUAGUACUUUUCUAACAAGUGAUGCUGCACCAUACAAUGAAUAUUUAUUAACAUUAAAAACUAUUGAUCCAAUUCUAGUUGAUUAUAUUGUUUUUAUUCCUAUUGAUUAUAUUGAAGCUCAAGCACUUCAACAAACUGAUGCAUUUGCUUAUGGUCGUCCAUGUGAAUUAGAUAAUGAAGAUGAAUGUUAUCAAUAUUAUUAUCCACCAUUAACUGGUAUGUCAAGUAUAAGUCAUCCAUCAUCAAGUUCAAUAUCAAAUACACUUAUGGUUGAUUCAAAUCUUCUUCAAGAAUUAUCAAUUGAUUCAUUAACAACUAUUGAACGUUCUCGUGAUUAUCGUUAUGAUUGGUUAAUGUCAAAAUCUGGUCAAUAUUAUCUUCUUGUUGAUUAUCAUACUAUUGAUGCUGGUACAUCAUAUGCUCGAGUUCAAACAAUUGAUGGUGAUAUGGUACCUGGAUCAUUAGUACUUACUGAAUGUCCAUAUACAUUUGUAUGUCGACAAAUAGUAACAACAUUAAGUAAUAGUGGUAAUCAACGAAUAAUUAAACCAAAAAUAAUGACUGUUACUGAUACACGACGUGCAACGGUUAUAUUGAAUAUUGUUCAACAAGCUGAUAAAAGUAGUCCAAUUGGUAUACAAAAACUUACUGCUGUACCUGUUUCUCAAUUUAAUUAUGAUCUUCUUCGACCGAAAUUUUCAUGUGUACGUGGUUCAUCUGAUGAUAGUUCACAUGGUUUAUCGAUGUGUGAUGAUUCACAUAAACCAUCAAGUAGUUUAUCAGCAACACCUAUACAAAUAUUUCAAGCUGAAGAUUAUUAUAAUGAACAUUUAAAAACAAAUCAUUUUCCAUCAGGACCAGCAAAUACUUCCGUUGUUCCACUAAAUUUUUCAAUACCAAAUAUCUAUGUUUAUGGACGUUUAACUGACGUAUAUGCAAAACCAGAAAAUUAUCCAGCUAUCUUUCAAUUCCAUAUUCAUUAUUAUCAAUUAAAUUCUUAUACAGUAUCAGAUAUAAUACCAUUAACAGUUAUUUUUUAUAGUCGUACGGGUGACAGUCAAAUUGGUGAAAUAAGUGCACCAAUAUGUCAACGACGUACAUUAGGUGGUUGUUCACAAAUAGUUACACUUCAAAAUGGUUCAACAACUAUUCGACUUGAUGAACCAGAAUUUACUGUUUAUUUAGCAUUAGUUAAUCCAAAUACAUCAUUACUUAUUGAUUAUCUUACAGCACAAAAGAUUGAACCAAAAACAGAUAAAGUUGCAGCAUCACCAUCAUCAUCAUCAUCAUCAUCAUCGGCGGCAGCAGCCGCAGUUGAUAACGAUCGAGCUUCAAAAUUUGUUCAAGAAUGUAUAAGAAAAUCAGCUUCUAAUUAUGAUUUAAAAAUUCAACAAGCAACUCCAUUUUGUCGUCAAGCACUUUAUUCUUUAUCAGCUACAUUUAAUGAACAAGCAUACCCUUGCUUAUGUGAUGUACGUGGUUCAAUAGAUCCAAAUAGUCAUUGUGAAUCAUAUGGUGGUCAAUGUUCUUGUAAACCUAAUGUCAUUGGUCGACGAUGUAAUCGUUGUCAAACAGGAUAUUGGGGUUUCCCAAAUUGUCGACCAUGUGCAUGUCCAACAAAAAUUUGUAAUGAACUAACAGGUGAUUGCAUUUGUCCACCAAGAGUAACUGGACGUUAUUGUGAUCAAUGUGCUCUACGAACAUAUGGUUUCGAUCCAUUAAUUGGUUGUGAAGAUUGUCAAUGUCGAAUUGAAGGUGUAAUUAAUGGACGUCUUGAUUGUAAUCUUCGAACAGGUCAAUGUCCAUGUCGAGAAAAUAUUGGUAGUCGAACAUGUGAUCGCUGUGCUUCAGGUCAUUUUGAUUAUCCACGUUGUCUUAAAUGUGAUUGUGAUUCAGAUGGUACACUUGAACCAAUAUGUGAUACAUAUACAGGUACAUGUUUAUGUAAAGAAAAUGUGUAUGGACCACGAUGUGAUCGAUGUAUUGAUGGUACAUUUGCAUUAUUAUCAGAUAAUCCAAAAGGUUGUACUAAUUGUUAUUGUUUUGGUGCAACAACACAAUGUCAUUCAGGUUUAUUGAACUAUCGACCUAUACGUAAUAUGUCUGAUUGGUCAUUAACUCGAUCGAAUAUACGUUUUGAUCGACGUGAAGCACGUUUAACAAUGUAUAUGAAUUAUGAUAAUAAUGAUCAAUCACCAAUAUAUUGGUCAGCACCAAGACAUUAUUUAGGUAAUAAAAUUCUUGCUUAUGGUGGAAAUUUAACAUUUAAAUUAAGUUAUACAUCAACAAAAAAUAAUUAUGAACAAAAUAUAAAUAAACAUCCAUUAGUUAUACUUCGUGGACGUGAUUUAACAAUUGCUUAUUAUUAUUCUCGACCAUUAGAACCAAAUCGUCAUGAUGAAGAUAUUUUAAUAACAUUAAAAGAAGCUAAUUUUCGUUUUCAAACACGUUCAUCAACAGCUGUUACACGUGAAACAUUUUUACAAACACUUAGUAAUCUAUCAAGUUUACAUAUACUUGCAUGGCCAUAUUCAUCAGAUUCAACAACAAGUUCAAUUACUUUUAUUCAAUUACAACAAGCUGAUCUUAAAUCAACAAAUAAUAUUUUACCACCACGUUCAUUAGCUCGUACAAUUGAAGUAUGUUCAUGUCCACCAAAUUAUGCUGGUACAUCAUGUGAAACAUGUGCACAAGGCUAUUAUAAACAAUAUAGUGGUACAAAUGGUGCACAUAGUUAUAUAUGCGUAUCAUGUAAAUGUAAUGGACAAAGUAAUAUAUGUGAUGUUGAAACUGGUCAUUGUUUAGCAUGUCAAAAUCAUACAACAGGAACUUAUUGUGAAAAAUGUAUUCAAGGUUAUAAUGGUGAUCCAACACAAAAUAUACCAUGUCGUAUUUGUGCAUGUCCAUUAUCAAUUGAAUCAAAUAAUUUUGCAUCAACUUGUGAAAUGAAUAUAACAACAGGUGAAACAACAAAAUGUUUUUGUCAACAAGGUUAUUAUGGUGAUAAAUGUCAAUCAUGUUAUCCAGCAUAUUGGGGCGAACCAACUAAAGUUGGUAGUCGAUGUGUAUCAUGCGAAUGUAAUUCAAAUAUUGAUCCCUAUGAUUGGAAUGCUUGUGAUCAAAAAACUGGUCAUUGUAUUAAUUGUUUAAAUAAUACAUUUGGAACUAUGUGUGAACGUUGUCGAGAUUGGUUUUAUGGCGAUGCUGUUCAAGCAAAAACUUGUGCACCAUGUACAUGUUCACAAUGUGGUUCAUUAAGAUGUGAUCAUAUGUCUGGACGAUGUCAAUGUAAAUCUGGUGUAACAGGUGUAACAUGUGAUGUUUGUUUGGAAAAUCAUUAUGGCUAUCAUGCAUGUAGUGAUGAUGGAUGUAAACCAUGUUCUUGUGGUUUGGGUAGUACAGGACCAUCAUGUGAUCUUUAUACUGGUCAAUGUCAAUGUAAACCUGGUGUUGGUGGAAGAAGUUGUGAUGUUUGUCUGCCAGGUUAUUGGGAUUUAACUGAAAAUGGAUGUACACCAUGUCAAUGUGAUCGAUUUGGAACUGUUAGAGAUUUAAGCAAUACAGGAUUAAGUUGUGAUGCACAAACUGGUCGAUGUUAUUGUAUUGAAGGUGUUCGAGGAGAACGAUGUGAUCAAUGUGAAGAAUUUUAUACAAUUGUUGAAGGUCGUGGUUGUCUUCCAUGUGAUAAAUCAAAUGUUGUACCUGAAGGUUGGUGUGCUCGUCAAUUAAUUGAUGAUGUUGAUCAAUUACGUAUAAAAAUAAAUCGAAUAAUUGAAAGUGCCGAUCGAAUAACUCAAGGUCGUACAGCUAAUGAACGUAUACAACGUAUGCGUUUACGUGCUAAUGAAUAUCGUUCACUUGUUAAUAAUCUUGGUGCUAAAAAUCAUCGAUGUUUAUUAAGUAAAAAUCCUUCAAGUUCAUUUUGUCUUAAUGAACAAAUUGUUAAUUUAACUCGUUUAUUCAAUGAUUUUGAUCAUGAUUUUAAACAAACACAAAUUGAACUUAAUCAUGAACAAGACGAAGCUAAACAAUUAUUACAACGUGUACAAAAAGAAUAUGAACGUGUACAAGAACAAACAAAAUUAAUGAAAGAUUUUGCUGAUGAGAUCGAAGCAUUUUCAGCUAAUUUAACACAACAUACAAAUGAUGAUCCAACUUAUAUUAUCGAUCUCAUCGAUAAUGUUUAUACAACUAUUGAACGAUUUGAUAUUGAAUCUGAACAAAAUAUGAUAAAAAAUUUCAGUCAAUCAUCUUCUUAUUUAUAUACAUAUCUUCAAUCAUUAAGUAUUGAUCUUAAUAAACAUAUAAAUGAAAGUGAUAAACUUAAUAAUCAAACAUUUCAUUUUGAACAACGUACAUUACAUAUGGAAAAACAUAUUCAACAAGCAUAUGAAAAACUUCAACGUAUAUCUCAACAAGUUUCUACAAUUGAUGAUAUAACAUUAAUGCGUACAAAAUUAAAACAAAGUAUUACAUUAAAACAAACAACAGAUAUUAAAUUAUCAAAUAUAAGUCAAUUAUUACAAAAUGAUUUAAUAAAAAAUUUUAAUCAAUUACAAAUAUUAUAUAUUCAAACAUUAACAAAUGCUAAAAAUUUAAAUGUAUCAAUUCAAGCAUUACUUUCAUUAGUUAAUGAAACCAUUGAACAAAAUCGUCGUAUACAUAGAGAUGUUCGACAAAUAUUUACUUAUGUACAAAAUUUAACUGAAACAUCACAAUAUCUUGAAAUGUUAUAUGAUAAUAUGAAAAAAGAAAAUAAUGCUACAUUAUUUCCUGUAUUUGUUUAUAAAAAUAUUAUUGAUACAGUUAAUUUAUUAGAUUUAACAUCAAAUGAAUUAAUUAAUAAUUUAACAUAUUCACAAAAACAUAUUUAUCAACAACGACAACGUAUUGAAAAACUUGAAAAAGAACAAUUAAAUCAAUCAUUAUUAUCACCAUUAAAAACACAAAUUAAAUUAAAUAUUGAAGAUGAACAACGUUUAGAACGUGUAUCACGUUCAUCACAAGCAUAUGAACAACCAUUAAGUACAAGUGAAAAAUUAUUACCAGCAUAUAAAUUACGUAUAAAUGAAUUAAAAUCUACAGCUGAUAAUUUAGAACCACAUUCAACAAAUAUAUAUGAUGAUAGUCAAACUAAAACAAGAGAAUUUGCACGUUUACGUGAAAAAAUUCUUGCCGAAAAACCAAUGAAUGCAUCAUCAAUAAGUGAUCGUCCAUUACAAAUGGAAUUUGCUGAUAUAACAGAUGGUAUACAACGUAUGAAACGUUGGGAAUCUGAUACAGAUGAACAAUUACGAUUAGUUAAAAAUUCAUAUGAUCAAACAGUUAAUUUACAAGAAAAUAUAGCAAAUAUUAUAGCUGAUAUUCGUCGUCUUGUUGAUGAAUCACGUUUAAUUGUUAGUUCAGUUCGUGUUGGCGCACAAUUUAAUCGUACAAGUGGUGUUAGUUUACAUAAACCAUAUAGUAAAUCACAAAUAUAUCUUAAUAAACAACAUUCAAAAUUAGCUCUUUCAUUUCGUACAACAGAACCUGAUGGACUUUUAGCUUAUGCUGGUAGUGAAAAUGAUGAUAGAUAUAUGUCAUUAAGACUUAAUCAAGAUGGACAAGUUGAAUUUACUUAUGAUCUUGGACAACAACGGCCAAUGUCUAUUAUAACACCACAAACAUUUAUUGAUAAUCAAUGGUAUGAUGUUACAGGAGAAAGAAUUGGUUCACAUGGUCAUCUUACUGUUGUUGAUUCUACUGGUAAAAAUAUAUUUGUUGGUAAAAGUGAUGCAGAAGGUGGUGGUCAAUCAAUGCUUGAUUUAAGUAAUGAUCGAUCUGUAUUUCUAAUUGGUGGAGUUCCAUCACAAGUAUCUUUAAAACAAAGUUAUACACCAUUUUUUGGUUCAAUAUCCGAUGUACGUCUUGAUGAUCAUAGUGUUAGUUUAUGGAAUUUUCAAUCAUCUAUGAAUUAUAAUCAAGGUUCAAUACCAUCAGCAAUUCAUCAUAAAGAUGUACCUGGUAUUAGUCUUAAAGGUGAUGGUUAUGUUAUAUUUUCAAAACGACGUUUACGUCGUCUCGAACAUUCAUUUCUAUUAGCAAUUGUAUUUAAAACUCAAACACCUAAUGGUCUUUUACUUGCAUAUGGUGGUGGUGAUAUUGAAAAACGUUUUUUUGCUGUACAAAUUAUUGAUUCACAUCCAGAAAUUCUUAUGAAUACAGGUAGUGGUCUUGUUAGUUUACGUCUUGAAAAUAAUGUACAUAAUAAUGAAUUUCAUCGUUUACAAAUAAUAAAACAAAAUACAGAAAUUAUUGUUCAACUUGAUGAUCAACAAGCAGUAUCGAUAUUUGAUCGUGAUGAAGAAUCACGUAUUGAAGGUGGAAAUGAUAAUAUUUAUGUUGGAAAAUAUCUUGGACAAGAUUCAUUACGUGAUGCAAUAACAAGUCGAGGUUUUAGUGGUUGUAUACAAUCAAUACUUAUUGAUCGUAUUGAAUUAACAUUUAAAUCAGAACAUUUUAAACGCAGUAGAAAUGUUGAAACAACAUGUCCAAAUGAACAAAUUUUACGUACAGUACAAUUUAAUUAUCUUGAUCAAGAAAGUUAUGUUGAAAUAUCAGAAAAAAAUUUAACAACACCAUGGGCUAUAACAGCACGUUUUCAAACAACUCAACCAUCAGGUACAUUAAUGUAUAUGAAUAAUGAAAAUGAAUAUAUGAAUAAAUUAAUAAUUUAUUUUGAACAAAAUCAUCUUAUGAUUAAACAUAAAGAUUUACCAAUAAUACGAUGUGAAAAUACUUUAUCAACUGAUUGGUGGAAUUAUAUUAGUAUUUAUCGUGAUCCACAAUCAUAUCGUUUAUAUUUAAAUGAUACUGAAUGUGGAAAAUUAGAUAUUGAAAGUGAAUAUAAUAAUUAUCAAUUAUUUAAAGCAAUAUUUAUUGGUGGUGUACCACAAAUUAUAUCAAAUGAUAUGCAACGUUUAAUUGGUUGUAUUGGAGAUGUUAAUAUAGAUGGAUCAUUAAUUAAUUUUAAUAAUGUUGUUAAAUUAAAAAAUGCUGAACGAAAUUGUCAAAGUAAUGGAAAUCUUAAUAAUAAUUAUAAUAAAGGACCUGUAGUUUAUCCAUCAUUUGAUUAUAAUGCUAGUCAACCAGCAUAUCCUGAAGGAUAUCAGCUCAAAUUAUUUCAAUUGAAUGAUGACUCAAACAAUAAAAGUCUGAAUUCGGCGAUGUUACCAUCGAUUGAUCUAGUCAACGAAGUUACUAGUACUACAUUUCAAACUAAAAAGAGCACUAUGACUACAACAGUAACAAUCACUACGACUACAACAACAACAACGACAGCAACAACUAUCACAACAACCGUUACAAAAUCGAUUGGCGUUGUUUUAAUCGAAAAACAAGAACAUGAUGAAGACAAUGACGAUGACGAUGAAGAAUCUUUUCGUAAUCGUCGUUCAUGUCGUUUAUCUCGAACACCUGCAAAUGAUCGUGGUCGAGAUAUUGGUUAUCGAUUUGGUGAUGAUCAUCGUGAAAGUCGUGCAUUGAUAACAAUAAUCGAACCAUCAAUUAGUCUUUCAAUGAAUAUUUCAUUUAAAUUUCGAACUCGAUUUGCACAUGGUUUAUUAUUCUAUUCAGGCAGUGAUCCUUAUAAUUCAUAUGUAUUAAAUGAAUUUAUUGCUGUAUGGCUUCAUAAAGGUCGGUUAGUUUUUGCUUUUGAUUGUGGUUCAGGUAAAGGUGAAAUAGAAAGUAUAAAUCGAUUAAAUGAUGAUAAUUGGCAUCAAGUUGAUAUCAUAAGAAAUGGAAAUAAUGCAACAUUAUUUAUUGAUUCACUUUUCGAAGGUUUUAUAAUUCCACCAGGUAGUAAAUUAACUUUAGAAACAGAUGGAAUAUAUCAUUUUGGUAAUAUUCCAUCUGAUGAAAGAUUUCUUUCACAUCGUCGUCGUCAAUUACAUCAUUUCAAAACUCGACAUAAUCAUCUUCAAUUUCAAGGUUGUAUAAGUACAAUACAAAUUAAUAAUCAGCCAAUAACAUUUGAUAUCAAUGUUAAUAAUGAAUAUAAUUUUAAUAUAAAAACAUGUUAUGAAAAUGAAGAAUCAGGAGUUUUUAUUAAUGGUGAAAAAGAAAUAAUACUUGAAAAUUCAUUUCAUCUUGGUCAACGAUUUAAUAUAUCAUUUCAUUUUAAAUCUCGUGUUAAAAGUGGUCUUGUCUUAGCUGCAACAAGUAUAAAUGAUGAUAGUUAUUUAUUUAUUUAUCUUGAUAAAGGUAAUGUUGUUGUUACUUUAUUACAAAAUAGUGUUGAUGAAAUUCAUGUUGUUCAUUGGCCAAAUGAUAUUAAUGAUAAUGAAAUGUGUGAUGGUCAUUGGCAUACAAUUGAUAUUCAAAAAGAUUUAACAUUUAUUCGUUUAUAUGUUGAUAAAUAUGAACCAGAUGAAGAAUUAUUAUCAAUUGAUUAUGAUUUAAACACAAAUGGACCAUUAUAUAUUGGUAGAAUGAAUAAUUUACCACCUAUUGUUGAUGAUAUACCUGUUUAUACUGGUUGUAUAACAAAUUUAAAAAUAAUUGCUAUUGAUAAUGAUAAUGAUGAACAUAAUUCAAUUCGACAUGCUAAAGCACUUCAUUCAGUUGAUGGAAUUGAAUAUUCAUGUCCAACAAAUUAA